AUGGUCUUCGCCGCUGUUGCGGUCGACGACCAUCACCAGUCUGUGAUGCUCAUUAUCGUUGCUACGUCUCUUUUCGGUCUCUCCAAGCGAAUCCCAUUUUUGCGGAUACCGCAUGUUGUCUUCUUCAUUGGGAAGCACUUUGGAACAGGCGUAAUAUUGGCGACUGCCUUUAUUCACCUUCUCGAUGACGCUUUUCGAUCUCUCCAAUCUCCCCAAGUAAAAUCACGCUAUCACAACAAAAUAUACUGGGCUUAUCAUGUGUGCCUCCCUCCUCCCAGCCAACUCUGUCUCUAA